AUGAACCAAACAUCCGAGUCCCCCCUAUUCAUCGCCGAGGAAGUCAUCUGCGCCUAUCCCAUCAGCACCUUCUACGAUUCCUGUCCUCGUUAUCUCUUCUACGCCCUCCUCCUAGCCACCUGCAUCACUCGCUGGACAGACUGGCUAGCCGACGUCUUUCUCGGCGCGGCCGCAACCUACGCCGGAACCGCCGCCAUCCAAGCCUUCAUCCUCGUUUCCAGCCCCCCAAAGCAACCCCCCUCGGAACCCAUAACCAUCCCCUACAUCCCCUCCAACACCACUCUCUGGAACACCUUCCCAGCCCUAAUCACCUCAAUCGACCAACUCAACCUCACCCCCGCAGCCCUCGACCUCGACGCCGACGCCGUCCUCGCCAUCGUCGUAACCGCCUACCUCACCUUCCUCCCCCUGCAAUGCUGGUCCCGCGCCAUCUCCCAAGAAAGAGCCCGCUACAUCCUCUUCUCCCUCUGGCACAUCCUCAUGCUCGCCGGCUCCAUCUGCGCCCUCAUCUACUGGCCCACCCUCCACAACACCCCAACCCAAUACACCUUCUGCUUUCCAGACCUCGCCCCCACCACCACCUCCAUCUCCAGCGACGGCUGGGAACCCCGGACACGCACCUCCACCUGGAACACCAGCAUCUGGGAUAUCUUCACCAACGAAACCCUCUUCAACCAACUCCCCAGCAUAUGCUACUACCCCUGCUUCAACACAUCCCAAGUCCUCCGCCAACCCACCUCCCUCGAGGCGGUCAUCGUCUCAGGCGACUACCGAGUCCACCAACGAAGUCGCUUCUGGGAUGAGGUCGUCUACUCCCAACGAUACAUCUACAGCCUAAUCGUCUUAACGAUGAUCGUCAACGUCUCUCUCCUACUCUUCAAAAUCCUCCCAUACCACUCCCGUCUUCCCUCCUCUCAAGUACGAACCAUCUGGUCUGAACGAAAAACUAUCCUCAACGGACUGAAAACAGACUUCUGCUCUACGAUCCAUCUAUCCCGUCUUCAUCGCACAACCGUAAUUGAGAAAACCCGCCAGCAACUAUCAAUCUGGAAACCCGCCCUCCCUCUGUUCAAUCUCCAAGCUGCAGGGCUAUGGAUCCGGCUCCUCCUCGACACUGCAAUCCUAUGCACAUUGGUCUUUAGUAUCAUUGUGAGUCCAUUAACGGUGAUUGCCUUCGUGGUCUGGAUUGAGUAUUAUAUUCACGAGGAUGGUCCGUCUCAGGAAACGCCGAGGCAGGUGGGGCAGUGGGCGCCGUUAGCGUCGAUAGCGUUUCUGGUUGUUUCGGCGGCGGUGUUGAAGGUGAGGUAUUGGGUUGCGUCGGGGGAGGAGUUGGAGGAGGAGAUUGCGUGGUUGAGGGGGGAGGUGGAGAGGUUGGAGAGGAUAAGAGCCAGGGGAGGGAUGCAGUGA